AUGUCAGAUCUCCCCGACGGCGUUCUCCUCGGUUGUGGUAAUCCCCUGCUUGACAUCCAAGCUGUAGUUGGCAAGGAUUUCCUCAAUAAAUGGGGCCUCAAGGAAAAUGAUGCCAUCCUCUGUGACGACAAGCAUAAUGCAAUGUUCGACGAGCUCGUCGAAAAAUAUGAAGUCGAAUAUAUCCCCGGAGGUGCGACCCAGAAUGCUGUUCGUGUUUGCCAGUGGAUCCUGAACGUGCCAAACCGUGCAGCAUUCUUCGGUGCCAUCGGCAAAGACAAAUAUGGCGAAUUGCUGAAGUCCAAAGCCAAAGAAGCUGGCGUAAAUGCUCAAUAUCAGAUCAAUGAGUCUGUCAAAACUGGAACAUGUGCUGCCCUCAUCUACAAUCAGCAUAGAUCGUUGUGUGCUCAUUUGGCCGCUGCCAAUACGUUCACAAUUGAGCACAUGCUGAAGCCAGAAAAUGCUAAAAUUAUCGAGAAUGCCCAGUUCUUCUACAUCGCUACGUUCAUGUUCAACCUUGCUGCUCCAUUUAUUUCACAGUUCUACUAUGAACCACUCCAUGCAGUUCUGCCAUACGUAGACGUUCUAUUUGGCAAUGAAGAUGAAGCAGCAGCAUUUGGAAAAGCGGCAGGAUUCGAUACCACUGAUUUGAAGGAGAUUGCUUUAAAGGCUGCCGCAAUGGAAAAGCACUUGGUUUUAAAGAAGUCAUCGAAACCUCGAACUGUGAUCAUCACCCAAGGUGCCGAUCCCGUGAUUGUGGCUAUUGGUUCCGAAUUGACUCUGUAUCCUGUGGCUACCAUUCCCAAGGAGAACAUUGUUGAUACUAACGGAGCCGGUGAUGCAUUUGUCGGAGGUUUCCUCUCACAGUACAUUCGGAAGAGAGGUAUCGAGGAAUCAGUGAAAUGUGGCAAUUACGCAGCUGGUGAGAUUAUUCAGAAACAGGGAUGCACCGUACCGUCCACAUGCAGGUAUCACUAG